AUGGGAACACGAGUUCGUCCGUGGGAGCUGGGCGCGGGUAUCUACCGCGAGAUGGACAUCAUGGAGAAGGAGUCACACCAGCAGAACGGUGUUUCCCUGUCGGCGUGGCCAAAUGCUCGCUGGCCCAACGCAGUCGUGCCGUACCUUUUCACCGGGACAUUCACUGAUGAACAGAAGGCAGUGGUGCUGACGGCCAUGGCACAGUUUGCGGCCAAUACGUGCGUGCGUUUUGUCGCGCAAACCACGGAAACGGUGUACAUCAGCAUCACCAGCUCGGCGACCGGGUGCUGGUCGUACGUCGGACGGAGUUUAUCCAACACGUACAACGUCGUCAAUCUGCAAACUCCGAGCUGCAUAACCGUUGAAACUGCUGCCCAUGAGCUGAUGCACUCGAUCGGCUUCUACCACGAGUUUACCCGGCCCGACCGUGACGAGUACGUCUCGAUUGAUCGGGAAGCGCUCGCCCCACAGUACCAGACAGAGGAGUUCUAUCAGGACAAUUACGGCAAAUAUUCCGACAACCAGGUUGUGCUGUAUGGUCGGCCGUACGACUACGGGAGCGUGAUGCACUACUCCAAAUACGCAGCCGCUGCCAAUCGAUCGCGUCCGGUUAUGAACAACCUGAAACCGUGGACUGGCGAUUUCGGCAACGAUAAUGGACUGUCCGCAGCCGACAUUAUCGACAUUAAUUAUAUGUACUGCAACGCAACAACGACCACCGCGAUUCCGGCAACAACCACCACAACUCCGCUUCGUCCAGCAACGAUCUAUCAGGGUUUUGAGACUCAAGAGUAUGCUUUAUCGAACUCAACAACGAUACUCACUGGAAGAUCGAAAGGAUCUUUACCAGUAGCAGAAACUGAAUGGCUCCUAUCCACGACCGAUACUGUGACGCGUGGUGUGGCGUACUAA